AUGGUGAAACUAGCGAAGGGAGCUAAAGUUGCAGGCAAACCGAAAAAAGCUGCCCCACCUCCCCCAAAGGAUGUUGAGGAUAGCGAGGAAGAGGACUCUGAAGACGACGAAGACGAAAGUGAGGAGGAAGAGGAGGUCCCACAAAAGAAAACCGUGACUCCAGCCAAAGCCUCCAAUACACCUGGCAAAAAGGCAGCUACGCCAGCAAAGAAAGCUGCCACGCCUGCAAAACCUGUGAUUACACCGGCGAAGAAGGCUGCAGCGGCUAAGAAUGGCAAGAAGGCCCAAAAUGAGGACAGUGAGGAGGAGGAUGACGACGAGGAGGAGGAUGAUGAUGAUGAAGAAUCCGAAUCUGAGGAGGAGACUCCACCUGCCAAGAAACCCACACCGAAGAAACCGGUAGAAAAACCAUCUGCAAAGAAAAAGGCAGCCAAAAAAGAGGAAUCGGAGGAGGAGGAAGAGGAUGAAGACGACGAUGACGAAUCUGAUGAGGCCAUGGAUACCACCCCACCUCCAACAAAAGCCAAGGCUGCUGUAACUGCAAAAGUCGCUGUAAAGGCUGAAUCUUCAGAGGAAGAGGAGGAGGAUGACGACGACGACGAUGAUGAUGAUGAUGAUGAUGACGAGGAUGACGAUGACGAGAAGGAGACCGUGAAAGAGUCCGGUAAACGAAAGAAAGAAGUUCCCAAGAAGAAGGAUGUGCCUGAGGCAAAGAAGGCAAAAACCGAAGCAACUGAAACAGGUUUCUCGCUGUACCUGGGCAAUCUGAACCAUGAAAAGGAUUUUGAUGAGCUAAAGGAUGCCAUCCGGCAGUUUUUCUCCAAAAAGAGCUUGACUGUUGCUGAUGUUCGCCUAGGUGGAACUAAGAAAUUUGGUUAUGUCGAUUUCUCCAGCGAGGAAGAUUUGGAGAAGGCUGUUGGACUGAAUGGAAAAAAAAUUCUGGGAUUUGAGGCAAAGAUGGAGAAGGCCCGAUCGAAGGAGAGUACUAUAGAAAGCAAGAAAGAAAAGAAUUCCCGAACGUUGUUUGUCAAGAACCUGCCAUACUCCACCUCAGCGGAAGAUUUGCAAGACGUUUUUGACAACGCGAUUGACAUAAGGCUUCCUCUAGGCAAUGACGGUGGCA